AAGACCUAAAUGAAGCCUUAAGGACAAUGGACGGUAGUAGAGAAUGAAUUCCUUAAGAAUUGGACAUCAGCUGUAACUAUAUUCUAUCUAUCUAUAAAUAGAAUACUCGACUGUAACAAAGCACCAGUUUCUUACCAUUCAGGAUAAGAGACAAGACUGUAACAGAUCGCCACAUCGUGCCUUGCCAUAUCAGGCUGUGAUAGUAAGCUCAUUUUCUACCCUCGAAUACCGGGUUAUAACAGAGAAAUAAUUUCCUAUCCUUCUUUCCUUCGAUACCGGACUGUAAUAGUAAGCUAAUUUUCUUCCAUCGGAUUCCGGGCUGAUCCUUUAUCGUCUCAGAACUCUAUGACAGGGAGCUAAUUUCCUAUACUUGAAUACUGGGCUCUGACAGUGCUCGUCCUUCCUACCCUGGGAUACUUGAUUCUAAGAGAGAGAAAAUACUGGGCUGUGAUGUCGCUCGUUGAACAUGGAGACCGGGCCUUUUUAGAACUCGUCUUUAAGUACAUAGAAGACAAAAAUAGCACAAACGAUGUCGAUUUCACCCAGCCUCAUGUUCGGCGCUCCCUCCGUUACGUGUAUCCGUUAUUUAUGUUUCUUCAUGCUCUCGUUGGCAUAUUUGGCUUCUGUGGAAACCUUGCGAUACUGAUAGUGAUUGGGAAGAGAAGACUGUAUAGAGACCAGACGUUUCUCUUCCUGGGGAAUAUUGCCUUCUCUGACAUCCUGAAAUGUAUAUUUGUUCUUCCAGUGUCCCUUGCCAAUUUAUUGAUACAUAAUUGGAUUUUUGGAAGCUUCAUGUGUUUCUUUUUACCCAUGUUGCAAUGCUUCCCCAUUCAUUCUUCAAUGUUAACUUAUUUUAUGAUUGCAAUAGAUCGAUAUCGGUUGAUAGUUAACCCCUUUCGGUCUCGCUUACCUGCUGGUCUUUGUAUUAUAGGUGUUUGGGUAGUGUCAGUAUGUAUUGUACUCCCCUAUGCUGUCUAUAUCAAGUACAUCGACUUGGGUGCCAUUUUGGGAUACCGCUUCUUUGGUGUUGGUAUUUGUUACAUAAACCAAGAACGGCAUAUUGAAGAAUACAUCAGAGCUAUGUUCAUAACGUUGUACGCCAUGCCUCUUGCCACGAUUGGGUUUCUGUUCCUUAAAGUUUCUGCAGAGCUAAAGUCAUUAGAAACAACCUCCAUAUCUAUACAUUUCGAAACAAAUUCUAAUAACAUGACUUGUUCAUCUCGUUUAACUCUCAAUGAUGACGAGACUUCCAGAAUUGGAUCAGAAGACUCAAACUUACGUCAUACCACGCAGUCUGAACACACCUGCAGUGAAGAUGAUCUUGACCUUCCAACAGAGAAACGAACUCACAGAUAUGUCAUUUCCAUGAUCACCCUGUUUGCUGUUUGUUGGUGUCCACUGAAUAUUUUGAUUUUAGUUCAAUUUUUUGUUCAUGAGAGCGGCAACAACACUGGUCAUUUUGAUCUUACGUACAUAACUUUCACGUGGUUUGGUUUCCUAUCAACUUGCGUUAACCCAAUCUUAUUUGCAUCUUGGAAAAUGUCAGAAUCCACAAAAGACAGACUCAAAGGUUAUUUCAAACUUGGCAGGAAAAGGAAAUCUAAAAAGAUCACGGUUCCGGUUUCUACAUUCAGGACAACAGAGGCAACACUUACAGUUCAGAAGGAUAUAUUUGGUCCGGAUACAUUAUAACCAGACCAAUUGAGGGGAUAAUUCAGAAGAAUAAAUUGCAUUCGGAUUUAUGACAACGAGAACGCUUGGGGAUUCUCCUAUGUUAAGGAACAAUAGAUGCAACCCGGAUACAUUUGACGAGAUCAGUUGAUGGGACACAUGAUUCAGAAGAGUAGAUCUGGUCCGGAUACUGUUUAACAAGAACAUCUUAUGGAACACUUGUAGUUCAAUACAGAAGUUUUAAUCCGGAAACAAUAUAAUGAGACCGUCUGAAUAAACACUUAUGAUUCAGAAAGAUAGAUUCUGAGAGCAACUUAUGGGACUGUCAUAGUUCCAAACAAAUUGGAGCUUUCAUCCAAAUACAAUAUGAUGAGACUGUCUGACUAAACACUUACGAUUCAGAAUGAGAGACUUGGUCCAGAUUCUGAGAGGAACUUAUGCAUGUUAUAGAACACUUAUAAUUCAGAAUGGUACAAUAUAAGGAGAGCACUUCAGGGAGCCCCUGUCGUUGAGAACAAUUGAAGUGAUCCGGAUACAUUUGGACGAGAUCAAUUGAGUGGACACUAAAGUUAACAACAAAAGAUUUUAUUUCGGAUACCAAAUAGGGUUUGAUAAAGAUUUUAUCGGAAAAGAUUAAAAAAGUUUUUUUAAGAUCAUAAAGUUUACCGAAUGAGUGGAGUCCGUUCAUUGUUGUUGGGAAGUACCAAACUGUGCGUUAUAGUAUUAGGAUGUGGAAAUUACUUUUGUGUUCGUUGAUCAAAAUUUACCCCAGUCCUUCAAAGAGCACUUAAAGCCAAACAAUAUUCAUAAAGGACAAACACUUUUUAAUCGCCAACCCUGAUUCAAAAUAAUCAAAAAUAGCAACAGCACCUAUAUAUAGAUGUUUUAUUUUAGUAAUUGAGGCAGUUAAUACACGUCUUUGACACAAACAGGUUGGAUGCUGUGAACAGCGCUAUCGAUCCUUGUUCACAGGCUGCUAAAUGGCCCGCACAGAAUGUACGAGAUUAAAAGUGAGAGCCGCCUCGUCAGUCGUGUAACAAACCAGAUAAAAACCCCGAUUUAACAACUGUCUGGGAGGAAAUGCCAUUUGUCUGCUAUAGAACUAUUACUUUAUCCUUUGUUAUGAUUCCAUUAUAUGG